UUGAGAAUUUUCCAAGCAGAGGAUUGGUUAAUAUUUUGCUAAUCUAGCCAAGAAAAUCUGAUUAGGGUUUAGCGAUUACUAAACUCGAGAAAGAUUGAGGGAAAGAUGCCAGAUGAUAGGCAGCCAUGGAUCGAUCUGCCGAAGGAAUUGUUGGAAAAGAUCGGCGAACACGUUGAUUCUCGUGUAGAUAUUCUCCGGUUGAGGUCAGUUUGUACUUCAUGGUGGUCUUCUGUAUCACUGCCUUCGUUUGACGAAGAACUUCCUUGUGUUCUCCUCAAUCUCCCUUUUCCCCUCGUUAUCGAUACCAUCCUCUCGCGAAACUUGAUUUGUCGGAUCGAAUUAGUUCAUCAAAAUCCAAACUCUUCAGAAUCAAAGCCAAAGGGUUGGUUGACUCAGGUUGGAGAGUCCAAAAGGGGGAAAUUGCAGCUUUUGCAUCCAGUCUCAGGUUGCCAAAUCGAAUCCUCUUCAAUUUCAUUAAACUUGCAAGACUUUCGUUUUAUCGAAUUAGGUAAAGCAUUUAAGCUUAAAUUAGCAAAUGCAGAUGGGUUUUCUCUUUACGGAGUGACAAAAGUUGUUCCAUUCCCAAUUUCUGCAAGUUGCAAAGAAAACAAUGUCGCAAUUCUGGCCAUUUACGAGGGAGGCAAAUUGGGUUACUGGGAAUACGGAGAUACAGAAUGGGAACUUUUGGAUGAUUGCAAUUUUGAAUAUGAUGACAUAAUUGUGUAUAAGAGUCAGUUAUAUGCUGUUGAUAGAUCGGGUAUUGUUUGGUGGAUCAAUUCAUCAUUGAAGGUGAUUCAAUAUUCGCCUAUUCUUUAUAGUCAUGGCAGCCGAAAGACUUUGGUGGAGUCAUGUGGAGAUCUUUAUGUGGUUGAUAGGUUUCUUGAUGGAGAAAGGAUUCAGAGGAACAAGAAUAAUUAUAGAGAAUGUUUUGUACUUUAUAAUAAUGAUGAACCGACCCAUCGUACCAGAAUGAAGCUCAAGACAAUUGGUAUAAGAGUAUAUAAGCUGGAUGAAGAGUGGGGGAGGUGGGAAGAAGUGAAAUCCUUAGGCGAUCGAGUCUUUGUUUUGGGUAUGGAUUGUUCUUUCUCAAUCUCCUCUGUUGAAUUCUAUGGAGGAAAAUGGAACAGCAUUUACUUCACAGAUGAUGAUGAAUCAGGAUUAAGCUGUGACGAUAUUGGAAUUAAUGUGUUCCAAUUAGAGGAUUGCAGCAUUAAGAGACUUGAAAAGUUUCCUGAGUAUUCUGAGAUAUUCUUGCCCCCUCAGCAAUGGAUUGACACAAAACAAGCUUUUCGAGAAGGAUUGCAGAUUGCUUAGAUGUAGAAAUUGUAGCAGUGAAAGAGGAUGUAUUGCUGAAGAAGAAGAACUCUUUAGUAAGUUCUUCAGAAUUGCAAGUGUUCAUUGUUCUGUAAGUUUUUGUUAAUUCUAUUGCCUGGCACUUGCAGAGAGUAAGUUGUCAUGAGACUGGCGUUUUCUAUGGCUGGCUCUAAUUAUGAAACACAUGCUGAAAUCUUAUGCUUGUUACUUCUUGUUAAUGGCAUAUAAUCUUUUACCCA